GGAGACCAGAGCUUCUCACGCCAACAGCACUAGUUUGUGUUUCUACUGCAGGGGAGAGGAAGUUCACUGGGAGCCAAGGGCUUUAUUUCUCUGAGGGCUUUCAGACAAGGACACUAAACAAACACACCUGAAGGCGGAGCUUUCCCAGGCUGCUGUUUAACUGACCAGCAGCUGUUUACUGGCAACAACACCAUGAGAGCAUUGCUUCUGCUCUGCCUCCUGGCACUAGGCAAUGCCAAACCAUACCAGCCAAUCAACGUCAUGGACUUCCUCAGAAACUAUGACAUUAUGAUGGGGGACGAAGAGGAUGAUGAUGACCAAGAUGAUGAUGUUAAUGAUGAUGAUGAGGAAGAGGAGGAGGAUGAGCAGGAUGAGGACUGUCCCGCUGGUUGUCAGUGUUGGCCCAGAGUGGUACAGUGUUCAGACCAGGGUCUGAUCUCGGUUCCUGAGAAGAUUCCUGAGGACACGCUAAUGAUUGACCUCCAAAAUAAUGACAUCACAGAGAUUAAGGAGGACAACUUUAAAGGCCUCAACAAGCUUUAUGCUUUGUUCUUGAUCAACAAUAAGGUCUCUCACAUCCAUCCCAAAGCCUUCAAAAACUUGCAGCACCUCAAACUGCUCUACCUCUCCUACAACCUGCUGACCAGCAUCCCCACAAACCUGCCCCCCAACAUCCUAGAGCUCCGCUUCCACGAGAACAGGAUCAACAGCAUCCAGAAGGAGGCUUUCAAAGGCUUGAGACACCUCCAUGUGCUGGAGUUGAGUGCUAAUCCUCUGGCUAACAGUGGGAUAGAGCUUGGAGCGUUUGAUGACAUGUCAUCCCUUUACGUGGGCAUAGCGGAGGCCAAGCUAACCGCUCUGCCGAAAGACCUCCCGGCCUCCAUCACAGAGCUGAGUCUAGAUUACAACAAAAUCGCCAAGGUGGAAGUGGAAGAUUUCAUCAGAUAUAAAAACCUACAGAGACUGGGACUGAGUUUUAACCAGAUCAAAUCUGUGGAGAAUGGAAGCCUGGCGAACAUCCCCAAUAUCCGGGAGAUGCACCUGGACAACAACAAGCUGAAGAAGGUUCCUGCAGGCCUCAGCUCCCUCCGCUACCUUCAGGUCAUUUACCUCCAUGCUAACAAAAUCAGCAGCGUAGGAGUCAAUGAUUUCUGCCCCAUCGGACAUGCCAACAAAAAGAAUCUGUACACAGGCAUCAGUCUGUUUGCCAACCCGGUGAAGUACUGGAACAUCCAGCCAGCCACCUUCCGAUGUGUGGCCGGACGGAGGGGCCUUCAGCUGGGCAACUUCAUGAGGAGGAAGUAG